UUAACUUUUUGCUGUGUUCGCUUUCAUCUUCAUUUUCGCAUUUGACGCGUUUUUGGCGGCGUUUCUUUUUCUCUCUGCGCCGCAUUUCGCUUUCGAGUGACAUUUACGAAUAAAUAAUCAGCAUGGAAGUGGCGGAAAGCUACAGAUUUGGUAGCGUCGACUACAUUGUAUUUCUGGGCAUGAUUGUCCUGUCCACGGGUACAGGCAUUUACUUUGGCUGCAUCAAAAAGAGCAAGAAAUCCAUUGACGAUGUAGAACCAACGCUACCCACCACAACUAGUACUACAACCACAAGCAGCAUGGAGACUCGAAAACAUGACUUUGGUUCAGAAAAGAUGAGCGAAUAUCUGUUGGGAUCGCGACAACUAAAAGUAUUUCCAGUUGCCAUGAGUCUGAUAGCCAGCUAUGUAUCGGGCGUUACAAUACUGGGCACUACAUCCGAGAUAUACAAUUUUGGCACACAAUACUGGUUUAUAGCGAUUGCCAUCAUACUGCAGGGAAUUGCCGUCUCCUACAUCUACAUUCCCGUAUUUGCAACUCUUCAAGUCGGCUCGUCAUAUGAGUAUCUGGAAAUGCGUUUCCAUUCGGUUAUACGCAGCAUCGCUUCCUUUAUGUUCAUUCUAGAUGAGAUACUCUUUCUGCCUUUUGUGGUUUAUGUGCCGGCCAUAGCUCUUAACCAAGUCUCCGGCAUCAAUUUGCAUGUGAUAUCGGCGGUGAUUGUGAUCGUGUGUGUCUUCUACACCUUUGUGGGCGGUAUUAAAGCGGUGGUGCACACGGAUGCCUGGCAGACACUGGUAAUGUUCCUUUCUGUGCUGGCUGUAGCCGCCUUGGGCACAUAUUAUGCCAACGGCUGGGACAAACUGUUUGGCGAUGCUGCCAAGGGCGGUCGUUUGAUAUUCUCGAACACGAAUCCUUCGCCCUAUGUGCGACACACCGUGUGGAGCGUGCUCAUUGGCGGAUUCUCAUACUGGACGUCGUUUAAUGCCGUCAAUCAGACAAUGGUGCAGCGUUACAUGUCGCUGCCAUCGCUAAAGCAGGCGCGUGCAUCGAUGGCCAUAUUUACGAUUGGUGUGGCUGCCUUUGUCUCGGUUUGCUGCUAUGUGGGACUGCUCAUCUUUGAGAUGUAUCAGGAUUGUGACCCAUUGAGCGCGGGCCUCAUCACUCACGACGAUCAGCUGUUGCCAUUGUAUGUGGUGCAGAGUGUGGGGCAUAUUCCUGGCAUCGCUGGUCUCUUUAUUGCAGGCAUCUUUGGCGCCGCGUUGAGCUCAUUAUCCGUGGUGCUGAACUCCACAUCGCUGGUCAUUCUGGAGGAUAUUGUGCGCGGCUGCUUCAAGAUGCGGCCGAGCGAGCGCGCCUCCACGGUGCUUGUCAAGACGUCCAUCAUUGUGCUGGGCGUGGUGGCGCUCUCGCUGGUCCUGGUGCUCGAGCAGUUGAGCGGCAUUCUGAGCAUCUGCACCUCCAUGACGGCCAUUGCUGCGGGCACCACGUUUGGUCUGUUUACGCUGGGUAUGCUGGUGCCAUGGGCCAACAAUAUCGGGACAGCAGUAGGGGGUAUUGCUGGCGCUUUGCUCGCGGGCUGGAUAUCAUUUGGCACACAAAUCACCAUAGCAGCGGGUGGACUUAAUUCGCAGAAGUUGCCAGUGUCCGUGGAGAGCUGUGCAGCGAAUGUCACAUUGCCCGACAGCGUUUGGGUGGAUGAGGAGCAAGUGUUUCCAUUGUAUCGACUAUCAUAUCAUUGGAUCAAUCCCAUUGGUGUUGCUACAGUUAUUGUGGUUGGUGCCAUUGUCUCGCUGUUCACAAAACCCACAGAGCUGAAAUCACUGGAUCCGGAUCUGAUAUCGCCAGUAUUGCAUAGAUGUUUGCCAAAGGAAUGCUUCGUGGGACGCAAUCAUCAUGCGCAGGCGCAAACGAACCUGCUGAAUGGUCAAUCAUAGACAAUACGCCUCACUUCCACACAAAAAAGAAGAGCAAGUAGUUAGCCAAAAUAUUAUAUUCCUAUUAUCGAGUGUAGUUAUAAGUGUAGUUGUAGCUUAAUUUAUCUUUAGUCUAGUAGUACAAAUUGCAGUUUGAUUUUGCAAGAACAAAAAAUUGGCGCGCACAUUGUAACAAGGUACAGGAAUCUAUGAAUCUGCAUAUCCUUUUUUUGUUUAGUUUCACAUUCAUAAUGUAUGUACAUCAUGUUUAUAUUUAGUUUUGAAUCCUAAUUUGUGUUUCCUUUGCAUCCAGUUCAUUUGUAUAAUUUCUUUGGCAUUUUUGUUUUGUUUGUCGGCAGACUCCCGAUGUGUGUAUAUUCCGUGUGGACUUAGCAAGCAUUAUGUCUGUGAUAAAAGUAUUCAUAAAUAUACAUACAUAUUUCUAUGUACUAUAUAUCAGCAAAUGGCUGUUGCGUUUGUUAAUUGUUAAUUGAUAUGCCGCAAAAAUGUGAUAAAUGUUUUUAUGAGUGUGAGCAAUCCUAGCAUUAUGCUACCUAAAAUGUUAGCCCCUAAUUUGG